AUGCAGCCACCGGACCACUCAGCUGCUCAGCCGGAGCAGCAGCCCUUUCCCCCACCUGUUGGUCGUUCGACCUUUGCAGCAACUCUGGCCACCAAGCGUACAUCUUCUCCUCCUCGCCUAACGCCUAUUGCUCUAGCGCCACGUCCCAUAGCUUCCGUUGAACAAGCUCCUGCGGUGUUCUUCUCACCUAUAGAAGUCGAUCAAUUAAAUCGUCAAGUUGAUAAUACAUUGAUCAUGAAAUUUUCGGCAGGCCGCCCGAGUCUUCAAGAUAUUCGUUCUCACAUCACAUCGGAAUGGAAUUUGGCAUCGGAGCCUGCCAUAGGGUUCUUAGAUCCAAGGCACAUCACAAUCCACAUGGGUUCGAUUCAAGAUGCGAAACUUGCUCUUUCACGAAAUUCCAAUAAUAUCAAGAACUGUAUGUUCCGUUUGUUCCGUUGGACCCCGGAUUUUACAAUUGGUAAGGACAGCGGCAAGGUUGCUGUUUGGGUCCGUUUUCCGAAAUUACCACUACCGUAUUUCAUUGGAGCGGCGCUUGGUACCAUACUAAGAGCAGAUGACAGGACUAUUGCUUUCACCCAUACCCACUAUGCAAGGGUAUGCAUUGAAGUUAACGUUGCGCAACAACUGCCCGAGUCAAUUUUCAUAGGAACAUCUAAGGAGAACGGCUGGUGGCAAAAGGUCGAAUACGAAGGGAAUCAUACUUUCUGUGCUCAUUGUGGAUUGCUAGGGCAUCUAGUCGGUGCUUGCAGGAAAAAACAAGGGUUAGCUAAACCUCUGCCAAUGAAUAACAACCCACUUGUGAAACCACCUACUCGCAUACUCCGAAGAGGUGAAUCCGAAUCAAAUCCUAAAGAGGACAAGAUAACUCAGGUCCCCAACUCGCAACCAGCUAAUGAGAAGGUCGACGUUUCUACGGGAAAUAUGGACCAAUUGCGGCAACAAGGGGCAGACGGAAUCAAUCCUAUCCGACAGGAGAAAGAAAUACAAAACCCUAGGAAUAUUAACGAUAAUGGGGAAGGGUUACAUUGGGAUGAAGGCGCCAUACAGGAACCACUGAGGCAAUCCCAGAUGAACAAUAACGAGGAAGUGGGAGAGAAAAUAACGAUGGCAGAAUCGAACGCCGAGUCGAGGCAGAAGUCUAUCAAAAUUGGAAAUCAGUUCGAUGCCUUAACUGGAGGUGAAGAAGAGAACUAUGCAUUAACAGUUUAUCGCUCGAGCGAGAUCCAAGGUUAA